AUUUUACGCUACAUGCGAACAAAAAUGAGUUUUCGUGGAAUAUUUAAGUGAACUAGAGCGUGAAAAGAGUUCCAUAAACGGUAUGCAGUGGAAUUUUAAGUCAUAACACUGCUGGUAGAUGUACGAAUGUCUUCGACAAUGAGAAUAAAUAAAUAGUUAUCGAAGUCAUUGUCUCCUUGAUCUUUUAUUGUGAAUUGGAACGGGGCCUGCAAGAUGGGCUUACUUAUUUCGAAGAUCUGGAGCUUGUUCGGGAACGAGGAACACAAACUGGUCCUCGUUGGGUUAGACAAUGCUGGUAAGACGACGAUACUGUACCAGUUACUCCUGGGCGAAGCUGUUCACACCAGGCCUACAAUCGGCUCCAAUGUAGAAGAAGUAGUAUGGAGGAACCUGCGUUUCGUUAUGUGGGACCUUGGUGGGCAACAGAGUUUAAGAUCGGCGUGGACCACCUACUACACUAAUAGUGAGUUCGUGAUAAUGGUUAUUGAUUCGACGGAUCGUAACCGACUGAGCAUCAGCCGCGAUGAGCUGCACCAGAUGCUGAAGCACGAGGAGCUCAGCAGAGCCUGUCUUCUAGUGUACGCCAACAAACAGGAUGUGAAGGGUUCGAUGACGGCGGCGGAGAUAUCGGAACAGUUGGACCUGACCUCCAUAAAGCAGCACCCGUGGCAUAUACAGGCGUGUUGCGCGCUCACUGGAGAAGGUUACAGUCUGGAUUCAACGUACUAUUAA